AAGUGGUUCAACGACUUCAUGUCCGUCAUGUGUAUCCGUAGAACGAGGAGCUCCUGACCCGGAAAUGUAAAGAGCAGUUGUCAAACCGAAGAUGGCUGAGUUUAGCGACACAAACUCCCACAAAGUGACAGAAAAUAGUUUGCCUAAACGUUGUAACAAUCAGUGGGUGAGAUUAAACGUCGGUGGUACUUACUUCUUGACAGCUAGAACAACACUAGCCAGAGAUCCAAACUCAUUUCUAUAUCGGCUGUGCCAGGAGGACUCAGACCUGAUCUCCGAUAGGGAUGAAACCGGAGCGUAUUUGAUUGACCGAGAUCCAAUCUACUUCAGCCCUGUUCUGAAUUAUCUGCGUCAUGGUAAGCUUGUCAUCAAUAAAGACUUGGCAGAGGAAGGCGUUCUAGAGGAGGCAGAGUUCUAUAAUAUCACAGAGCUAAUCAGAUUGGUGAAAGAACGAAUUAUCCUAAGAGAUACAAGGCCUAUGCGUGACUCCAAGAAAUAUGUAUAUAGGGUGUUGCAAUGCCAUGAAGAUGAACUCACACAAAUGGUAUCCACCAUGUCUGAUGGAUGGAAAUUUGAACAGCUCAUCAAUAUCGGCUCCCAGUACAACUACGGAAACGAAGAUCAGGCAGAAUUCCUGUGUGUCGUAAGCCGAGAGUACGGAGCUAGUCAGAUCAGCAGCAAGGAACAGGAGGCGACUGAUCGUGUUAAGGUUCUACAGCAGAAGGGUUCACGAAUGUAAAUCUAGUCCUGCUAGACCAACGUUGCAGCAACAAGAUGAAGACUGUUUUAUUUUAUUUUUAUUUUAUUUGAUUUUAUUUUAUUUUUUUUGUUUGUUGUUUAUCUUAGCAGCUCUAAUAAUAAAAUUUUAUGUAGCGUAUAAAUAUAUAAAUCCCUUUAGUCCCACAAAAAACAUGCAUACAUACACACAUUGAUACAUUCAUGAAUAAAUAGUAUGGUAAUGAAUAAUCGAUGACAAAAAAAAAGUUACAAAGAGCUAGAAAAAAAAAUGGAAAAAAUCACGUUAAACCUUAUAAUGCAGAGGCUAAAAACUGAAGAUACUAUAAUAAUAAGGAAAAAGGGUAUGGUAUAGCAUUUGUUGUUAUUUAAAAAAAAAAUUAUAUCGAAUAAACAGUGUUGCCUGAGUGUUAACAAGACGGUUCUCUAUGAUAUAGAUCUCGAGUGAUAGGACAUGACCCAUUCGUUCAGUUCAAAAACAAAAAGCAUUCAUCCUUGAAUAAAAAAACAUAUUGUUUUAAUGGAAGAUAACAGUUGUCACGCUAAUCAAGGUAUUACAGAGAAUCCUUUGUUGGAUUUUUGAUUCAUAGUCUUGAAGUAGAUACGGGCUUCUUCUUCCUCUGCUUUUCGACCCUGACACUCGAAUUUAGCAACAGUUUGAGCUGGAUAUAAGCACUUUCAUUAAACAUCUACACAUAAAAUACCAUUAAUUCUAAUGAGCUCCUCAAAUUUAGGUAAGAGUAUUAAAUAUUUAAUUGACACCUUAAAGUUUUAUGUUUGACGUUAGAUGGUAGUAGAUGAAUGUUGUUCAUUUCAGUUUCGAGUAUACAGCAUAUUCAUGUGAAUUUUUGAGAUAAAUUGUUAUUAUGGAAUGUUGAUAAUUAUAGAAUAGCUUAUCACAAUUAGUGCGUGCAGCUCAAAACAUAUUCAUCAGUGAUACUGGAACAAUUAACUCAUCUUAAAAAUGUUGACUUUUGAAUUAUAUUCAGGAUUAAAGAAUAAUUGAUAUUGAUUUGGGAAUGAGGGCCAUGACAUGUGUCCAAACAGCAUAGGAUUUCUAUGAUCCAUUAAAAUGCGACUUGGGAUGAUCAUGAAUAUCUAAUUACUCAAACUGGAGAAAGACCUAAGUCAUUUUGCUUGAUAUUUAAUUGAAAUAUAAUUCAAAUUUCGAAUAUCAAUGAUAAAUACUCAAAUAGAAAGUAUGCGCAGUAAGAAUGACAUAAUUUGUCUACAUUGGUAUUGUUUAAAAUGAUAAAAUAUAUAAUAAUGGCGUCUAGCCGUCUUGUCACAUCAAUGGAAUAAAAAAUAUUUAUGAUAUAGCAAAGUACACGCCAUUUUUCAUAUAGAUUUUGGAUAGUAGGACAACCAUUCUCUAGUAGAUCCAAUAAUUCUCAUUCUACAAAUAUAUUUCACGUUCUCAUUUGUAAUUAUCAUUUCAGAUCAUCUAAAUUAUGUACGAUCACUGCACUGCCGCUAUACAAACAUAUGUUACAAUUUAUACCCAAAAUGAGGUUCAACACGAGCUAAUUUUUAAGUAAAAUUAUAAUGACCAACUUGUUCAAUUAUUAAUUACAUGAACAACUCUAGCAUCGUAAGUAAUGAUGUAUAAUAUAUGGUCGUCGAAAUAUAUAAUACCUCACGGAUGAAACUUAAUGUCCAUAGAUGAAUAAAUCUACGUACAAAUGGACACAUGAAGUAUGUCUUGUUUAUUGUUUAAAUGAUAUUAGGCCAUGCGACGAUAAGGUCAUCUCAGAACUUAUUAUCAGACUUACUUCAUGAUUCCAUAUCCAAUGUACCAUCCGUUUUACAGAACUGCAUACAUAACUAAUCUUAAGAUCAUCCAUCCAAAAGCAGCGCAGCAGUUAUAUGAAACAAUUGUCAUUGACUGGUACCGUACAUCCUUAUUUCUAUUUAUUAUUAUCAAUAAUAAUAACAAUGAUGAUAAUGUCAAUAAUGAUGAAAAUGAUAAUGAUGAUGAUGAUAAUAAUAAUAAAAGUAAUAAUAUUAGUAGUAUUUAUGACAAUGACAUGGCAAAAACACAAAAAUAAAGAACGAAUUGUUUCAGUAUCUGGCUUAAGAAAAAUGACAGCAUGCAGCACAAUUGAGUAAGAAUGUUGUAAACAUCAAUUGUUGUGUUUGACCACAAGUUUUAUGAAUUGUCAACCACAGCGCUAUGUUUAUUAUUUUAAAUAUAUCUAUUGUUGGAUACUUUCUCAAUUAUAUUUCACCGUUAGUCUAUAGUUGUACUGAAUUAUGCACGAGAAAAUUUAGAUAUUGUGAUAUUUAUAUGAACUAGAAUUAAAAUUAUCCGAAUUAA